UCCAUCGAAUUCGCGUGUAAUUUUUCAUUUUUCCCGUUUCCGCUCUUACGAAAAAUUACAUGAUUAAUGUCCUGGAUGCAUGAAUAUCUGUAUAUGUGCGAAUUUUCCUGGCUUUUUAACACUUUAUGCGUUACGGCAUUUAUGCACACAUGUGUACAGCUAGUCGUGAUCGACAACGUCGUAUCGCGUGUGUCGUGAAAUGUUGCAACCAAUUGUAGUUUGCAUUGAUUUUGCACGCUCGUGCGUUCGAUAGACCAAAUUUCUUGACAAGUCGCCGUAAAUUGAUCCGCUUUCUCAGAAUUUCUCUGUUAUUUUUUGCAUGCUAAAUUAAUUGAUCCUAAAACCAGUUCGGUAUAAUUAAACAUACAUUCAUAUUGCGUGUGGAAAAAGUUGUAUUCGAGAACGCGAAAAUCCGCUCAUCAGCUCCCAACGGCAACGACAUUGCACUGCUUCAAAAGCGUGAGAUGCAUCGCCGCAGGUUUUAAUCGGCGGGAAAGCCACGCCUUGGGUCGAUAAGACUGAGGAGAAAGAUUAGCGGAAUUAGUUACAUCAAUUACAUCAAUAUGCAAAAACAUAACGAGGAGAAAACGCACCACAUCACCACCGCCACGGAUAGUGAUAGCGACAUUGAUAGCGGAACUGAAUAUGAUGAUUACGAUAAGAAGAAUCGCGACACCAAAAAGAUACAAUCGUUUGCCAUCUCCUCCUUAAAGAAACAAUCGUUUGCCAUCUCCAAGGACGGCUGCGAGCAUUAUAAACGAAAGUCCAAGUUUGUAACUCCUUGCUGCAAUAAGGUAUACACAUGCAGGUUUUGUCAUGACGAACAGGAGGCACAUACAGUAAACAGGAAAGAAGUCACAGAAUUGAUAUGCAAUCUCUGUGACACUCGUCAACCUGUUCAAGCCACUUGUCAAAAUUGUCACUGCCAGUUUGGCAAAUAUACGUGUCUUGAAUGUAAUCUUUUCGAUGAUGAGGAUAAAAAUCAAUAUCACUGCGAUGGUUGUGGCAUAUGUAGAGUCGGUGGUCGUGACAGAUACUUUCACUGUGCCAAGUGCAACAUGUGUUUACCAGUUCAAUUACAAAAUGGACAUACUUGUAUAGAGAAUGUCUCACAUUCCAAUUGUCCUGUAUGCCUCGAAGAUAUUCACACAAGUCGCAUACCAUGUCACAUUCCUAAUUGUGGGCACUUACUUCAUCGUACGUGUUUCGAAGAAUUAUUGCAUUCGGGACAUUAUGCCUGUCCGACGUGUCAAGUAUCGCUCCUAGAUAUGACAGAUUUAUGGAAGUAUUUGGACACGGAAGUAUCAUUAACACCAAUGCCGGAGGAAUACAAGACUUACAAAGCUGAGAUCUUGUGUAAAGACUGUCAUGAGGAAUCUACAGUAAAAUUUCAUAUUGUUGGGUUGAAGUGCUUAAACUGCGGUAGUUAUAACACCUGCAGGAUAAAGGGCUCCCCUUCACCUGAUCUAAAUUCUCUAAAUGAAGCAGCUGGCAGUAGGACAACAGAAAACGAACCGUAGUAAGAUCAAAGUUUGGAAUAUUAUCUAAAAUUAUCCAUUGAGUCUAGAAAGAGUACUAAGUAGAAAUCAUAUUGGUGCUAAUGAUUUGAGAAUAUUUGUACUUUAGACGAAUAUUAUUUUUAUGACGUUUUGUAGCAAAUUGCACUUUCGUGGCCUUCGUGAUGUUUUUCGGCCAAAUAUUAUUUAGCAAGUUCGUAAAAUGAACUUAUUGUUGUUAAAUGACCAGUGAUGUCAUCAAAAUUAGUACAUUAAUUGUUUUAGCCGAUUAUUUGUGACAUACUGUGUAUUUUUUUAGGAUGAGAGUAUAUAGAUCAUUUCAUUAAUUUAAAUUUAAUUAAUAUAUUAAUAUAAAUAUUCAUUAAUAUAAAUGUAUUGACAAAAAUAUGUAGAAUUCUUGUUUUUGCAAUAUUUAAAUUAACACGUUGAUUACCAUGCGAGAUUUGUGUAUACAGAAUAUUAAUUAUUAA